AUGUUUAAUUUAUCAGGUCUUCUAGGUGGAAUUUGGCCCAACUCACCCUGUGUAAUCUUCGCCAGCCACCCAAGUCUUCGUUUUGGCCCCGCAGUCCAUUUGAUUCGUGCUCUAGCGCAUGGUGGUGUUCGUGGGCCGGCGGGGUUCGCCAGCAGUACAUUUGCACAGACUAGUGCCACUGGCUCUUGUGGGUAUGCUGGUAGUGGUAAUGCAUGUAACGCAAGUGGCAGUAGUGGGGGAGGUGGAACACCUGGGCUAGGAGUUACUUCUUCCGGAAGCUUUACUGUUGGAGGUACGGCUGUCUCUGGAGGGGCAGUCAGUGGUACCAGUGGAUCUGUCAGCAGUGGUUUAGGGUUUACUAACGCUGUUACGCCUCGGCACUCUAUUCUCCUGGUCGAUUCGCGCGAGUAUGCCCCUAGGUAA